AAGAAAAUAUAUCUUUGCAUAUUGCAGAACCAGGCACGAAGCUCCGGAGAAACAAUGGCGAAUUAUGCAAUUUAACAAAGGAAAAAGAAAAGGAUGACAUCGGUCUACGAAGUGGCCGUAUGGAAUGUCGUGAAUUAUGCACUUAUUAAAUUCAAUAAAUGGUCUGAUGGCCAGCUAGUUAUGGCCGAUCUACCAUCUAGAUGGCCAUCCCCUACCCUAAAAAAGAAAAUGGCAGAUUUGAACUUCUCCGGAUAACUAUGGCAUAGGGCUUUCAUUACAGCUACGGCUAUUUGAUAAGAACAAGGUGCUGGUGGUUCUGGAUUACGCACUCCUGCUUUCUACCGCUUCCCCUCUCUCUUGCUACAGUUUGUGGAAUCCAUGUGAGAAAUUGCAUGUUGGCAGGAAGAUAAGGCUGUCUCGUGCUUCUUCUGUCUCAUUUGGAUAGUGGCAUCAAGAGAUCGAAACACGCCUCUUCUCUUUGAAUUGAUCAAUUAGUGAGUUUCAACAACAGGGACGCAGUUUUGAUUACUCGUUUCGUUUGAAACUUGGGGAAUUAGGAGAUUUCGAAUUAUCAAAUCAGAGGAAGGGUCAAAUAUUGAGGACCACAGCUUCCAUGGUGACAUCCUCUGGUGCAUCAAGGAGGGCUAGGGUUCCUAACAGUACUGGGUAUAUUGCUUCCUGUUCAGUGGACGGCUGUGUUGCUGAUCUUAGCAAGUGCAGGGAGUAUCACAAGCGGCACAAGGUAUGCGAGGUUCACUCGAAGACUCCAGUUGUGGUGGUUGGCGGUCGGGAGCAACGUUUCUGUCAGCAGUGCAGCAGAUUCCACUCUUUGGCAGAGUUUGAUGAGGGAAAGCGAAGUUGCAGGAAGCGCCUCGAUGGCCACAACAGGCGCCGAAGGAAGCCACCCCAGCUGGAUGCUCAGAGCUCAGGAAACUCCCUAACAAAUCCCCAUGGCACCAGAUACUCCUUACACCAGCAUACAUGCUCCACCACAACACCUGAUUCUAACUGGAUCAACUUCUCAUCAAAAUCUGACCACGGAACUCUCCACUCUUCCGGUCUCCCUCUACAGUUCCCAUACUUGCAGCAGAGCGUGGCAGCCUCUGGCUCUGAUCGUGCUUUCUCUCUUCUGUCAUCUUCUUCCCAAUCAUCACACAUCAACCGAGGUCCAAUGAUGUACAACGUCAAUAAGAUUUUGCCGGACCAACAUUUGCAGCUAUGUAAUAGUGCAGAACUGUAUCCUUGCUUUCACUCUUCCACUCGUGCAUCAAUGGCAGGGAUGCCAUGUGGGCAACUGGAGGAUGAGAAUGUGGGCAGCAAAGUAGUAUCAGAAGCUAAUGGUACCAAUCUCCAUUGCCAAGAUGUGUUCCAGGGUAGCAGUAAGGUGUUGUUUGAAGAUACAUCUGAAACUCCUCCCAUCCACUGGCAAUGGGAUCAAAGCCUGUGUUCUAACAUCACUAUUAAGUUCAGAUGUCUCUUUUUGGAAUAUUUAGUUCACUUUAUGAUAGUCUUUAUUGAUUUAUCAAACCUGGUUUGGUGUCAUGAUUUGGCUUGAGUUGUAGUUGAUUUUAAAAUACCGACCCAUUUGAAAUGGC